AUGGGUAGGGAGGGGGAGCAUGGUGAGAGGAGGGGGAGAGGAAGGCAACGUAUAGCGAACAACCUCCGAGACAAGGCCGAGAACUUCACGCCUCUCCCCCACUCACCCCACGCCUCUACCCCACUCACCCCACGCCUCUCCCCCACUCACCCCACGCCUCUACCCCACUCACCCCACGCCUCUCCCCCACUCACCCCACGCCUCUCCCCCACUCACCCCACGCCUCUCCCCCACUCACCCCACGCCUCUCCCCCACUCACCCCACGCCUCUCCCCCACUCACCCCACGCCUCUCUCCCACUCACCCCACCUCCCUUUCUUCAUAGCGCCCUGCCACGUGCCUCCUCCCGCGCCUCCCAAUCCUCGCACUCUUCCCGUCACCCCGUACCUGCCAAACGCCCGCCCUCACACGAGGGGCUCUGCGCGCUUGAGCCCCUCGUCGCCCUCUCAUGCACUCCCACCAAACCAACGCCUCUCCUCGCCACCUCCCCUCCCCCGCCUGCCAUCUCCCCGCCUCACAUGCAUCUGCCCACGGGAAUGCCUUGUGCCCACGGGAAUGCCUUGUGCCCACGGGAAUGCCUUGUGCCCACGGGAAUGCCUUGUGCCCACGGGAAUGCCUUGUGCCCACGGGAAUGCCUUGUGCCCACGGGAAUGCCUUGUGCCCACGGGAAUGCCUUGUGCCCACGGGAAUGCCUUGUGCCCACGGGAAUGCCUUGUGCCCAUUGGAAUGCCUUGUGCCCACGGGAAUGCCUUGUGCCCACGGGAAUGCCUUGUGCCCACGGGAAUGCCUUGUGCCCACGCGCUUCAAUGGACAGCUACCUCCCCCCCAUCCCCCUCCGCCAUUCCCCCACCGUCCUUCCCCCCCCCCCUUUCUUUCGGCAUAAGUGCACACGUCUCACUCAACCACUCGCCAGCCUCCCACCAUUGCUGCUCCCAUCCCACAUGCGCCCUUCCAUCGUCUACCCUCCUACCCCCUUCCCCUCCUCCCCUCCUCCCCUCCUCCACUCCUCCCCUCCUUCCCUCCUACCCUCCUCCCCUCCUUCCCUCCUCCACUCCUACCCUCCUACCCUCCUCCCCUCCUUCCCUCCUACCCUCCUCCCCUCCUUCCCUCCUACCCUCCUCCCCUCCUUCCCUCCUACCCUCCUCCCCUCCUUCCCUCCUACCCUCCUCCCCUCCUUCCCUCCUCCCCUCCUCCCCUCCUUCCCUCCUACCCUCCUCCCCUCCUUCCCUCUUACCCUCCUCCCCUCCUUCCCUCCUACCCUCCUCCCCUCCUUCCCUCCUACCCUCCUCCCCUCCUUCCCUCCUACCCUCCUCCCCUCCUUCCCUCCUACCCUCCUCCCCUCCUUCCCUCCUACCCUCCUCCCCUCCUCCCUUCCUCCCCUCCUACCCUCCUACCCUCCUCCCCUCCUUCCCUCCUACCCUCCUCCCCUCCUUCCCUCCUCCCCUCCUUCCCUCCUACCCUCCUCCCCUCCUUCCCUCCUACCCUCCUCCCCUCCUUCCCUCCUACCCUCCUCCCCUCCUCCCUUCCUCCCCUCCUCCCCUCCUUCCCUCCUCCCCUUCCUACCCUCCUUCCCUCCUACCCUCCUCCACUCCUCGCCCCCCCUCUCACCCGUCCAAGCACCCCCUUUUCCGCCUGCCUCUGCGCCCACCGUCCCUUGGUGCGCCCCUCGUGCUCCCCAUCUCCCACGCGCACGUCUCCCCCGCGCCCUUGCCUCAUCAGCCCCACGCUUGUCUCGAAUGCCGCCAUGCCGCCACGCACACCUCAUGCUCCCAACCUCUGCUCCCCCCCUCACCUCUUUCUUCCCACCACCUCUCCCCUUCCACCUCUCCCCCGCAACCUUCUUUCGUCUCAUGUGUCCGCCCACCCUCACCUUGCGCCAUAUGGUUGGAUGCCGCCCAUCAAUUCAUCCACGUCAUCGCCUGCGGCUCUCCACGCCACGUGGAUGCUUCGAUCCGAGGCGCCCCGUACACGCGCGUCGGUUGGCGUUUACCUUCCCCCCAUCCCCCUCCGCCAUCCUCCCACGGAUUCCCCCACGCCAUUCUUGAAAACACCGCUAAAAGACAAGUGGAUGCCGACCAGUAUCAGGAUGCAGACAACGCAUGCCGCCCCCACGAUGGCGAGCGCGAGCGCGGUGGGGUGCAUGCGCGGCGCGCCGAGGAUGGCGGCGAAAAGCGACCCGCGGGAGGCGGGCUUGCGCCCAUGCGCGGAGAUGUGCGCGGCCGCGGAUGGAGGCGCUGGUUGCAGCGACGCGGAGGGGGACUGGUGUUGGCGCGGCCGGCGCUUUGCGGUGCUGAUGGGUGCGGCGCGGUGCACGCGGAUGUGAAGUGGCAUGGACGACACGCGGCGAUCGAUCGUAAGAAUGAACACGACGCGUCGAUCCACAUAAGCACGCCUGCCACGUGUCGGUCGCUGCGUGUCGUCAAGAUCGACUUAUCGUGUCCGACUGCUCACCGCCGCGCUUACCCGUCCUUCCGGGGAAGCACUUCUCCUGAAGCACUUCCCUUCGUCGUUCGCAAUUCGCCAUACUCGCUAAUGGCGUCGCCCUCUAACGCGUACAAGCACGACAAGGCCCUGCAGGCGGCACACCAGCAGCAGCUCAAGGCGCUCCUCCGCGCGCCGGGCAACGAGUCCUGCGCCGACUGCGGCGGCCGCUUCCCGCGCUUCGCGUCGGUGUCGCUGGGCGUGUUUCUGUGCAACCGGUGCUACGGCAUCCAUCGAAGCAUCGGCGUGCACGUGACGCGCACCAAGUGCGUCGAGCUCGACGCGUGGAGCCCCCGCGAGGUCGCCGCCAUGCGCGCCAUGGGCAACCGCCGCGCCGCCGCCAUCUGGCACGGUGAGCGGUGGGAGUCUAAGAGGCGGGAGGGUGAGAGGUGGGAGGGUGAGAGGUGGGAGGGUGAGAGCGGGACUGAGGGCGCCCACAUGGGUGUCACAGCUGCCGUUGAGCCUCUUCCAAUGCCCAUGCGCUACUCCUACCCCUCCCCCCUCGACGCAGGCUCGCUGCCAGCGGGAGUGAGGGCGCCCACGUCAGCCUCAUCGGACGCGGAGGUGGAGCGGUGGAUUCGAGACAAGUACGAGCGCCGCCUCUUCCACAACCCCGCUGCUGCUGCUGCUGCUGCUGCCGCUGCCGCUGCUGCCACUUCUGCCACUGCUGCUCCCUCUCCCCCUGCUGCUGCACCUGCCACUGCCUCCCCUCCCUCCACCACCCCGUCCACUCCGUGGCCCGCCUUCCCACACGGCCCCGCCGCCUCAACCACACACUGCUCUCCUGCCUGUCCCCCCCAGCCGACCUCAACGCCGCCACCCACUGUCGUAGUGCCACCCCGUGCUGUGAGUGCGAGCAGCACAGGCGGCAUGGCGCAUGCACGGCAGGGCGUGGAUGCGCUCAGCUCAGCACGCCUGAUGCAUCCACCCCCCGCCACCACAGCAGGCCGUGCAGCCCAUCACGAGCAGCACACCCUAACAGCUGCUGGGGUCUCUGCAGGGCAGACGGGCCAUGCUGCUGGUGUUGGCCCUGGAAGCAGCAGUAUCGGCAAUGUUCUUUCUGUAUCAGGCGCCGGCAGCAGCAGCAGCAUGGAUCUUGGCCCAAGUAAGCAGGCAGCUGCUCCUCCAGAUCUGAUCGAUUUCUCUCAGUGUGUUCAGACUCACUUUCGGCGCGAGGACUCCACCCGCAUUAAGCCCUCCCCCUCCGCGUGCUCCCCCCGCCAUGGGGAACUGCUGCUCCACGCCGCCGCCGUCGCCCAGAAAGCCCCCGCCGCAGCAGCAGCCACAGCAGCGCGCCCCGCCUCCGCCCGCCGCACGGCCAAUCCCCAACGGUCACCCGCCUCCCGCGCCGCCGCACGCCCCGGCGCCGGCGCCGGCGCCACAGCCGGUGUCGCCGAGGCAACCAGGUGCGGCUGCCCCGCGCUCGCGCUUCUGCUCGUCGAUCCCUCCCCAUUCGCGCUAUCCGGUCCCACCCCAUCCGCCCUUCACAUCCCCUGCCUUCCCCCACUCUCCCCCCUCCCCGCCCCCCCUUGCGAUCUCGCCCUCAAUCGUACCCUCACCACCCGUCCUCACUCUCCCCUCUCCUCCCUUCUUCACCCCUCCCGCCUCUCUCUUACCUUUUCCCUUCCCCUCUCCGCUGCAGUAGCCCCACCACCCCCAGCAGCAGCGGGCGGGUACCCACUCCGCAAGCGCCUUGCACCCGGGGUGGUAUCCGGGGUGGUAUCAGGGGUGGCAUCGCAGUACUACGAGGAGGUGCAGGAGGCCUCGCACUCCUUCUCCACCCACUCGCACCACCUCUCACGCCACUCAAACUCCCCCUCCCGCUUCUUCUUCCCGCUCCGCUCCCCUCCCUUUUCCCCACUCGCCCAAACCCCGCCCGCCCAUCCCUUCCCCCCUGCCCUGUCCCCAGCAGCGCCCCCGCCCCCCCCCCCCAGCCGCAACAGGCGGGUACCCUCUGCGAAAGUCCCUGGCGCCAGGCGUGGCAUCGCAGUACAACUACCAGGAGCAGCGUCCCCGCCCCCUCCAGCAGCAGCGGGCGGGUACCCGCUGCGCAAGUCCCUUGCCCCAGGAGUGGUAUCGCAGUACAACUACCAGGAGGUGCAGGCCGCCACUCAGUCCUUCUCCACGGAGAUUGGGCGGGGGGGCUUCGGCGUGGUGUUCCAUGGGCGGCUGGCGGACCCCCAGGGCGGGCCGGCGCACGAGGUGGCGGUGAAGCUGAUGGCGGAGGACCACAUCACCAACGGCAUCGACAGCUUCAUUACGGAGGUGGGCGUGAUGGCGCGGGUGCACCACCCCAACAUACUGCGACUGGAGGGGUACGUGGUGGGCGCCACGCCCAUCCUCAUCUACGACUACGUCUCCAUGGGGGACGUCUCCACCUACCUCGCUAAAGCGGCGAGGGGAGAGGUGGCGUUCACGUGGAAGCAGCGGGUGGCGGUGGCGCUGGGGUGUGCGGAGGCCUUGACGACCAUCCAUGCCAACAACUUCGUGCACCGCGACUUCAAGGCCACCAACGUGCUGCUCCGCCAGGACCUGACCCCGGUGGUGGCGGACUUUGGGUUGGCGAGGGCGGUGGACGACUGGAAGACGCACGUGCAGACGAGGGUUAUGGGGUCCGUGGGCUACAUCGACCCCAUCUACUUCGACUCCGGCAUGUUGAGUCGCAAGUCAGACACGUACGCGCUUGGCAUCCUGCUUCUGCUCACCUGCUGUCCCCUCUCCCCCCCCCCUCCAGGCAUGCUAAGCCGCAAGUCGGACACGUACGCGUUCGGCAUCUUCCUGCUGGAGCUGGUGUCGGGGUGCUCGGCCCUGGACGCGCGGUUCAAGGACCUGCGCAAGCUCGUCACCGCCAAGGACUUCCCCGACCCCACGCUCGUGGUGGACGCGCAGCUGCAGGGCCAGUGGCAGCUCAAGCAGGUGCUCGUCGCCUUCACGCUCAUCAAGUUCGCCAUCUUCUUUGACUGGGAGCACCGGCCCGGCAUGGAUGUGCUCCGUGACAAGCUAAAGAACCUCAUUAAUGACAUGUGA